UGACGCUCUCCCGGAAGUGGCCUCUAGAUCGGUUGGUGAAAGUGGCCGCUGGUGGCUCCGGGACAGGUCCCGGGAGGUCGCCCUUGGACGAUUUCUCCACGUCCUCUCCGGAUACCUCCCCACCCCCUGAGUCUUCCACAUCCGCGUGGUGAGGACACGUAACCACCAUCAUGGGGGGCGGAGACCUGAAUCUGAAGAAGAGCUGGCACCCGCAGACCCUCCGCAAUGUGGAGAAAGUGUGGAAGGCCGAGCAGAAGCAUGAGGCUGAGCGGAAGAAGAUUGAGGAGCUCCAGCGUGAACUGCGGGAGGAGAGGGCCCGAGAGGAGAUGCAGCGCUACGCGGAGGAUGUUGGGGCUGUCAAGAAAAAAGAAGAAAAACUGGAUUGGAUGUACCAGGGUCCUGGUGGGAUGGUGAACCGUGACGAGUACCUGCUGGGACGUCCCAUUGACAAAUACGUUUUUGAGAAGAUGGAGGAGAAGGAGGCAGGCUGCUCUUCUGAGACGGGGCUCCUUCCGGGCUCCAUCUUUGCCCCAUCAGGAGCCAAUUCCCUUCUUGACAUGGCCAGCAAGAUCCGCGAGGACCCACUCUUCAUCAUCAGGAAGAAGGAGGAGGAGAAAAAGCGAGAGGUGUUGAAUAAUCCUGUGAAAAUGAAGAAGAUCAAAGAGCUGUUGCAGAUGAGUCUGGAAAAAAAGGAGAAGAAGAAGAAGAAGGAGAAGAAAAAGAAACACAAGAGACACAAGCACAGAAGCUCGAGCAGUGACCACUCCAGCAGUGAGGAAGAUCGCAGCCAGGGAAGAUCUCAGAAGAAGAUGGCAAAUUCUUCUGCUGUUUUGCCUAAAGUCCCUGGAUAUGGCUUACAGGUCAGGAACUCUGACCGGAACCGGGGACUGCUGGGUCCUCCCACGGCUGAGCAAAAGCGAGUGCAUGGGCUGAGGAACCAUUCCAGGUCUCGGAGCUCCUCCCACUCACCUCCCCGACACACCAGCAAGAAGAGCAGCAGGGAAGUGGGGUCCCGGGACAGGAGAUCUCGAUCCCCGGGCAGAAGGUCACGGUCCCCCAGACCCAGCAAACUCAGGAACUACUCUAAAGUGAACAGGAGAGAGAGAGGCCACACUAAGAGCCCUUCGCCUAAAAAAGAAGUCUACCAGCGGCGACAUGCUUCCGGAUACACUAGAAAACUCUCAGCAGAGGAAUUAGAGCGAAAACGGCAGGAAAUGAUGGAAAAUGCCAAGUGGCGGGAAGAAGAAAGGCUGACCCUCCUGAAGAGGCAUGCCAGGGAUGAGGAGCGGGAGCAGAGGUUGGAGAAGCUGGACUCCCGGGAUGGGAAGUUCAUCCACCGCAUGAAGCUAGAGAGUGCGUCUACUUCCUCCCUGGAGGAUCGGGUGAAGCGGAACAUCUACUCGCUGCAGAGAACUUCAGUUGCUCUCGAGAAGAACUUUAUGAAAAGAUGAAGACUGUUCCCUCUCUUACUGGUUUUCCUGAAUUUUCUAGGGAGGCUGUGACCCCUUACACAUUCUCUUUAUAAGAGUUCUAAUGACUUCUGCAGAUGUCAGACUACCACUGUUCAAAGUGACUCUCCUCCCUCGACUCCUGAGACAGUUUGCUUACUUUGAGAACCGGUGUGACUUGGCAGCAUGUAGAGUGGGUUUUGACUGUUAAUGGUGAUCACUAGAACAUCUGAGUGUAAGGACUCAGGCUGUUCUAGAAGGGGUACCCUGGUUUGCAGAGUUUACCAUGCCACUUCUUUCCCACCUGUGCAACAAACCUGUUCUACUGUCUCAGUUUAGGCCAGACCUUCCAGAAACUUCUCUCUAGAUUCACCUGGGUGGAUUGUGCUUACUGAGAUAAAUGAACAUUUAUGUGAUUUACUAGAUCAUGUGACAAUGAUGUCAGAUUAGGGCAGAGCCAAGGGAGUAACAGAAUCUGGAAGAGAAAACCAUACAAAAAGUCCCAAAUGAACUGCUGACCACUUGACCUUUGGAACUAUAUAGAAAUGUAAUGUCUAUAUGUACAGAUGUAUAGUUUUUACAUGCUUUUAAAAAAUGCUAACUUUAUGAGAAUAUCUUGUUUGGUACAUGACCCUGACAGCAACUAAUACUAUCAGGCAGGCCGGCUCAUUUUUCUCCCUGGAUCCAGGUGGUUUAGGAGGAGCCUUGGUUUAUUGAUAGGAUACAGAGUAUUCAUCAUUUUCUGCUGCUUGGAGUCCUCAGUGCAAGCAAUGCGGCGGUGUAGUCAGAUGAUUUUAGGGAGCCAGGACCCACUUGCUGGCAUACUCUGGGACCCCUAAAGGAAAAUAAAACGGAAGCUGUUUCUUUC